CGGAGCCGCUGGUCCGGAGCCUCGGACCCCGGCGGGCCGCUCAGGCAGCGGCGCGGACACCUCAGCGUGGAUGGAGGGAGCCGCUUCGGGGACGCAGCGGAGCCGCCGGGCCGAACCCCUUUGGACGUGAAACAGACCAGCAGCAGCAGCGGCGGCAGGAUGAGCUCCGACGGGGGGGGGCGGCCCGUCAAGGUGGGCUCCCCGGUGGAGGUGAUCGGGAAGGGGCAGCGCGGCACCGUGGCCUACAUCGGCAACACGCUCUUCGCCUCCGGCAAGUGGGUGGGGGUCAUCCUGGACGAGGCCAAGGGCAAGAACGACGGCACCGUGCAGGGCAAGCGCUACUUCACCUGCGAGGAGAACCGUGGGAUAUUUGUGAGACAGUCGCAGAUCCAGCUGGUGGACGACGGGGCCGACACCACGUCGCCGGAGACGCCCGAGGCCGCCGCCGCCGCCAAGGUCCCCAAACGAGAGAUCCUGGAGACGCCCAAGUCCACUAAACUGCGAGGACUGAAGCCCAAAAAGACCACGGCCAGAAGGCCCAAGCAGCCCACCCGCCCCGCGGGGGGCAAGGGGGCAGCGUCCGGCUCCGCCUCGGCCUCCGCCGGCGAGAUGAGCAGCAGCGAGCCCAGCACGCCGGCCCAGACGCCGCUGGCCGCUCCGGUCAUCCCCGGCCUCCACUCCCCGGGAAACGCCCCGCCCCCGCCCCCCAGCAAGGAAGAGGAGGCGCUGCGCGGUCAGGUGAAGGACCUGGAGGAGAAGCUGGAGACGCUGAAGAUGAAGCGGACGGAGGACAAGGCCAAGCUGAAGGAGCUGGAGAAGCACAAGAUCCAGCUGGAGCAGCUGCAGGAGUGGAAGGCGAAGAUGCAGGAGCAGCAGGCCGAGCUGCAGAAACAUCUCAAAGAGGCCAAGAGGGAGGCCAAGGAAGCCCAGGAGGCCAAGGAGCACUACAUGGAGGAGAUGUCGGACACGGCGGACGCCAUCGAGAUGGCCACGCUGGACAAGGAGAUGGCCGAGGAGAGGGCGGAGUCUCUGCAGCUGGAGGUCGACUCCCACAAGGAGAAAGUGGAGGAGCUCACCAUGGACCUGGAGAUCCUCAAGCACGAGAUCGAGGAGAAAGGUUCGGAUGGAGCUGCCUCCAGUUACCACGUGAAACAGCUGGAGGAGCAGAAUGGGAGGCUGAAGGAGGCACUGGUCAGGAUGCGGGACCUGUCGUCCUCGGAGAAGCAGGAGCAUGUGAAGUUGCAGAAGCAGAUGGAGAAGAAGAACGUGGAGCUGGACACUCUGAGGGGUCACAAGGAGAAACUGCAGGAGGAGAUGGCGGCGGCGGAGAAGACCAUCGACGAGCUGAAGGAACAGGUGGACGCCGCCUUGGGGGCGGAGGAGAUGGUGGAGAUGCUGACGGAGAGGAACCUGGACCUGGAGGAGAAAGUCAGGGAGAUGAGGGAGACGGUCGCUGACCUGGAAGCUAUAAACGAGAUGAACGACGAGCUGCAGGAGAACGCCAGGGAGACGGAGCUGGAGCUCAGGGAGAUGUUGGACCUGGGCGCCGCGAAGGUCCGCGAGUCCGGGAAACACGUGGAGGCGGCGCAGGAGACCGUCGCCGACUACCAGCAGACCAUCAAGAAGUACCGCGAGCUCACGGCUCACCUGCAGGAGGUGAACAGGGAGCUCACCAGUCAGCAGGAGGCCUCGGCGGAGCUGCAGCAGCAGGCGCCCGCGGAGAUGUUCGACUUCAAGAUCAAGUUCGCGGAGACGAAGGCCUACGCCAAGGCGAUUGAGAUGGAGCUGAGGAAGAUGGAGGUGGGUCAGGCCAACAGACACGUGUCUCUUCUGACCUCCUUCAUGCCCGAGUCCUUCCUUCGGCACGGCGGGGACCACGACUGCAUCCUGGUGCUGCUGCUCAUCCCCCGACUCGUCUGCAAGGCCGAGCUGAUCAGCAAACAGGCGCAGGAGAAGUUUGAGCUGAACGAGAGCUGCGUGGAGCGAGCCGGGCUGAAGGGCGCCGUCGGGGAGCAGCUGAGCUUCGCGGGCGGCUUGGUCUACUCGCUGAGUCUCCUGCAGGCCACGCUGCACAAAUACGAGCAGGCUCUGGCUCAGUGCAGCGUGGAUGUCUAUAAGAAGGUCGGCUCUCUCUACCCAGAGAUGAGCGUCCAUGAACGCUCUCUUGAUUUCCUCAUCGACCUUCUGCACAAAGACCAGCUGGACGAGACGGUCAACGUGGAGCCGCUCACCAAGGCCAUUAAAUACUACCAGCACCUGUACAGCAUCCACCUGGCCGAUCAGGACGAGGACUGCACCCUGCAGCUGGCCGAUCACAUCAGAUUCACCCAGAGCGCCUUGGACUGCAUGGCGGUGGAGGUGGGGCGCCUGCGCUCCUUCCUGCACGCCGGGCAGGAGAAGGCCGACCUCGCCGUGCUGCUGAAGGACCUGGAGACGUCCUGCAGCGACAUCAGACAGUUCUGCAAGAAGAUUCGCCGCCGGAUGCCGGGAACCGACGCGCCGGGCAUCCCCGCGGCUCUCACCUUUGGGCAACAGGUGUGCGACACCCUCUCGGACUGCAGGAAGCACCUGACCUGGGUGGUGGCGGUGUUGCAGGAGGUGGCGGCGGCCGGAGCUCAGAUGAUGUCGCCCCUCGGCGAGCAGGAGGGGCUGUCGGCUGUCAAGCUGGAGGACGUGGCCUUCAAGGCCGGAGAGCAGAUUUAUGGAUCGCAGGGCGCCAACCCCUACGAGUGUCUGCGGCAGUCCUGCAGCAUGGUCAUAGCAACCAUGAACAAGAUGGCCACCGCCAUGCAGGAGGGGGAGUACGACUCGGAGAGGCCUCAGAACAAGAACGCUCCACCCGUGGACCUGCGGGCCGCGGCGCUUCGGGCUGAAAUCACAGACGCCGAGGGCGUCGGCUUGAAGCUGGAGGACCGGGAGACGGUCAUCAAAGAGCUGAAGAAGUCUCUGAAGAUCAAGGGGGAGGAGCUAAGCGAGGCGAGCGUCCGUCUCAGCCUGCUGGAGAAGAAGCUGGACAGCUCGUCCAAAGACGCAGACGAGCGCGUGGAGAAGAUCCAGACUCGGCUGGACGAGGCCCAGACUCUGCUGAAGAAGAAGGAGAAGGAGUUCGAGGAGACGAUGGACGCCCUGCAGGCCGACAUCGACCAGCUGGAGGCGGAGAAGGCGGAGCUGAAGCAGCGAAUCAACAGCCAGUCCAAGAUGAGCGCGGACGGGCUGCGAGGCGCCGGCCCGUCGGGGAUCGCCUCCAUCGUCACGGGAGCAGCGGGAGAGGAACAAACAGCAGCCAACGUGAUGCCCGUCUCCGGUUCGGGGCUCCAGGUCAUCGACUCCCCUCUGCUGACUCAGCAGAUCGAAGCGCAGAGACUCUGCAUCAAGCACCUGAAGAACGACAACAACCGAAUGAAGGCUGAGAAGAUGCGCGCUCAGCUGGCCUCUCUUCCUCCUCUGCACGUGACCAAGCUUCCCUGCAGAGAAGGAGGUCGCCCCGAGGUGCUCUCCAGCGCCCUCUACCGCAAGACCGACCAGCUGCUGGAGACGCUGCUGCAGAUGAGCGCCAACGUCAAGGUGGUGGACAUCACUGGCAAAUCUCCUGUGACCCCCGGCGCUCAGCUGCUGGAGCAGACGGCCCGGUUACAGUCCCUCAGUGACACGCUGGGUCGGCUGAAGGACGAAGUCGCCGAGCACGUCGUCCACCAGCAGGCCGGAGCGCGAGCCUCGUCCGAUUUCGCCACGUUUCCGUCGACCUCGUUUGUGAAGGCCAAGGAGGAGAAGCAGGGCGACGCGGUGCUGGUGGGCCGCGUCAUGGUGCCGUGUCACAGCGGCCAGGAGCAGGUGCAUCGCCUCGUUCUGUCCCAGUCGCAGCUGCACCGAGUCCACAGUCUGCUGCAGACCUAAACGCCCCCCAAACCGCCUCCACCCACGCCGCCUCCACCCACGCCGCCUGGUUUCUACGUCAGGGCCCGACCAGGAAGCCUUUCAGGUCACAGGAGGUUCUCUUCGUUGAUCUGUAGUUUGAGACGCGGCGUAACCCCAAGGUCACCCUGGAGCCGUCGUACGCGCUCCACGCCGCCCCGUCUCAGGGAGGCGAGGAGCGCUGAAAUAGUUCAUCAUUUUAUUACCCAGAAUUUUAGGAUUUAUUUUUUAGCAGAUUUUUGGGGGUUCAAAAUAUGCUACUUAACUUAUUUAGAAUAGUUACAUUCUAACAUUUUAUGGUAAAACGAUUAAUAAAAGGGGGAUUAAUUUCUAAAAAUAUUAAGCAAAAUACUGUUAUGAUCAGGAAAAAAAGCCUUUUGAUUUAGUUGAUAAUCUUCCUCUGAGGGUCUCAAAUCAAAAAUCCGAUCAGACUGAUCUUGGUUUUCAGGCCGUUUCUCGACUACAGCCCUGAAAGCCGUGGAAAUAAAGCCUGGGGGGGGCGACUUGCUGCAUGCUGCCCGGACCCAGACCAGUAGAAUAUUUAUCAGACUGGAACCUGCACAUUGUGGUUCAUUUAUUAUGCCGGAUGUUGCUCCACGCGUCAUGUGACUCAGUAUUAGAGGGAUCCUCACUGUUGUGUUUUUAUGACUUAAAGGAAAACGAUCAUGUGAUUUAGUGGAUGUUUCAAUGCGGUUUGAUCAGAGAAGCUUUUUGCACACAUAUAAAGUCCUGAGUGAGAAACAGAACAAAAUCCUGCACAGUCGCUCUACUUGGAUGUAACGUUAUUUCUCUGAUGUUUUAAUGAUUUUAGCAAUGAUGUCGACAUGCAAACUCCGGAAUGUUUGGAGGAUAUUUAGUAUUUAACUGUGAGGUUUGAUCCAAAACCAGGCAAACUGCACAGAACAAAAGGAAACUUAUUAACCUUAAAGGAUUUACUGCGUAAAUGUCAGAUAAAACGAUUUUACUUCUGCAGGUUUUUCAUGUUUUAUUUAAAAACUCAUACAUAAAUUAUGUUUUAUUUAUUACACUUGUGGUGUGAACAGAAGGUUGUUAUAGUGCUCGUAUCGGUAAAGAAUCAAUAACCCAGAAAGCUUCUGUUGCCUUAUGUCAGAACUUCAUCUUUGCCAAAGAAUCUUUGUUUCUCUUCACAUCUGAUUUAAAUAAGGCGCUUAGUUUAUUAAUUCAUGUUAAUUGUUUUACUAUCGAUUUGUGAGACCAGGUUUACAAAGUACCGUCAUAACUUGUAAGUUUUAUUUUAGAAUUAAUUUAAUUGAUGGGUGGUUUAAGGGAAAAUGCAGAUGUUUAUUUAUUCAUUGUCAUUUAUCUGUGCAACCUGUUCCCUCGUGGCUUCCUGCCCUUGCACAACUGAUACCUGAUCAAUAAAAACAACAAAGCAAACCUA